GUAGUUUGUUUUGUUCAACUUCAACAUCGUUCAAAACAAAAAAAAGCACAACGUGCUCUGUUCAAAUUCCACCGAGCUCAGUAACCAUGGAGCUAUCUAUGACAACGACACUCCGAUUUGGAUCACAAAACCACUUCCCUCUUCCCUUACACAAUUAUCCAAUAUCAAAUACAAAAACAACGCUGAGAGUGAGUGCAAAGAAAAAAUCAACCAUUGAAGGUAUCAGCGAUGAAUUGAAUUCCAUAGCUUCUCUUAACCUUGAUCAUGCACCUUCUCGUAGACAUGUUCGACAAGCCUUCACUCAUUUGCAUCAGCAACUUGAUCAUAUCUUAUUCAAGACUGCACCUGCUGGCAUCAUAACUCAAGAAUGGUAUGAAAGGAAUUCAAGGGGAUUGGAGAUUUUCUGCAAAAGCUGGAUGCCAGAACAUGGCGUUCCAAUUAAAGGGGCUUUGUUUUUCUGUCAUGGAUAUGGCAGUACUUGCACUUUCUUCUUUGAAGGUAUUGCAAGGAGAAUUGCUGCUUCUGGGUUUGGUGUUUAUGCAAUGGAUUUUCCGGGUUUUGGUUUAUCUGAAGGAUUACAUGGUUACAUACCAAGUUUUGAUGAUUUAGUCGAUGAUGUUAUAGAAUACUAUACAAAAAUUAAAGCUAGACCAGAGGCGAGGGAUUUGCCGCAAUUUAUAUUCGGACAGUCAAUGGGCGGAGCAAUUGCUCUUAAAGCUCAUUUGAAGGAACCAAAUGUUUGGGAUGGGGUCAUCCUUGUAGCUCCAAUGUGUAAGAUUUCAGAAGGCAUGUUACCGCCAACUACAAUUUUGAAGGCGUUAACACUCUUGUCUAAAAUGAUGCCAAAGGCAAAACUAUUUCCAUACAAGGAUCUAUCUGAACUUAUUUUCCGAGAACCCGGCAAGAGAAAAUUGGCAGUUUACAAUGUUAUUUCUUACGAUGAUCAAACACGAUUAAGAACUGGCAUGGAACUCUUAAGUGCCACUCAAGAUAUUGAGUCACAGUUGGAGAAGGUUUCAGCUCCACUAUUGAUACUUCAUGGAGCAGAAGAUAAGGUGACAGAUCCAUUGGUGAGCCAGUUUCUUUACGAGAAAGCAUCUAGCAAAGACAAGACACUAAAGAUCUAUGAAGGAGGUUACCAUGGCAUUUUGGAAGGUGAACCUGAUGAAAGAAUUUCUUCUGUCCAUAAUGACAUCAUCUCAUGGCUAGACAAUAGGUGCUCAAGAUAAUUGAGGUUGAUAGAAUAUAUUUCAUUCUGAAUUUUAUUAUGGUAGUGAAAUAUCAAUUUUUAAUUUCAAUUGUAUACAUGUCAUGACCCAACAUGAGCCCAAGAAAAAUAAAACUUACGUCCAAGGGACUUAAGAACUUAGAAGUAUGUAGAUAUAUCUCAUUAUGAUGAGUCACUUGUUAGUUUUUUUGUUCGACGCAACAUUUGUUAGUUUGUUAGAGUGUGGUGAAUAUGUCCAUUUCUAUUAGUUUAACUUGUAGCAGUAAGAAAUUACUGAAUGUAAUAAUGAACAAGAUGAAAAUGAAGAAAGUCUAGUUUUUACUUUUGAGAAA